ACCGCCCACGGUCUCUCUAAACGUUGUUGGUGUGUGCGCGGAGUGAAACAAAUCGAAUUCCUAUAAUUUCUCGUCAAACCCUACACGAUAAUGGAUCGCACUUUCUACGAGGGCUGGCUGAUUAAGUCGCCGCCCACAAAGCGAAUUUGGCGAGCACGCUGGCGUCGACGCUGGUUCACACUGAAGCAGGGCGAGAUACCCGAGCAGUUCUGCCUCGAAUACUACACCGACCACAACUGCCGCAAACUGAAGGGCGUCAUCGAUCUGGAUCAAUGCGAGCAGGUGGAUUGCGGGCUGCGGCUGGAGAAUCGCAAGCAAAAGUUCCAGUACAUGUUUGACAUCAAAACGCCCAAGCGCACCUAUUACCUGGCUGCAGAGACGGAGGCGGACAUGCGUGACUGGGUCAAUUGCAUCUGUCAGGUGUGCCACCUGCAUGACACCAAACAAUCGAAUGAGCUGCCAUUGGGCGCUGUGGGUUUAGAUGAAAACCGUACUCAGCACACAAGCUCCAGUGGCGGACUGAGCAACUCCACUCAGAAUACCACCACCACUUCGCUGCACUCCUCCGCUGGCACCACACAAGCCACACAGUCUGUCGCCAGUUCCGGAGCUGGAGGUGGUUCUACCACACAACUUCGACGACCGGCGGUCAUUGAACAGCAGCCGCUGCCCGCCGGUAACAAUAACUCGGACUCUGUGUAUGUCAACACAGAGUACAGUAAUCGCGAGUCGAUGCUUUGCGAUGGUAACUUUGAUCAGCAGGAUCUGCUCUCGGCUGCCCAGCAGCAGCCGCCGCCAUCGCCAGCCACGGCUCUAUAUUUAAAUCACAGUGCAUUGAUCCAGGCCCAGGCAGCAGCUGCAGCCGCCGAGCAACAGCAACAGCAGCAGCAGCAAGCUCGCCUGGCGGUCAGCGCUAAUGGUGUAGUACGGAAGCUACCCGAGCAUCUGGUGCUCAACCAACAAACUUUGGCUGAGGCAGCUGCCCAGCAGUGCAGUGUGCAGGCAUCGCCCGCUUUAAGUACCGCCUCUGGGCCGUAUAUACCCAUUAGUGAAUGUUUCUCGGGAAGUCCACGGUACCUGCCGGGCACUGGGCUACCUGGUGGAGUAGGACCAGGAGCAGGAGCGGGAGCUGGAGAAGUGGCCAUACCAAACAAUCCCACAACGCCGUUAAAUAACUUGGACCCAAAGUUUUAUGAUACGCCGCGUAGUCAUAAUAAUAUUGGUCUGAAUCUGACCAAUGAUCAGUCCUACUCACCGAAGAUCACCAAUUUGAGUCUGCAACAAUUGGCCAAUGCCAAUGCUAGUAAACAACGCUCGGAUUCCGAUUCGGAGAGUGUUUUCACGGAUGACGAUGAGUGGGCACAUCCUUUGCCUCUACGCGAGAAUGUGGAUCGCAGCACCAGACCCUCGGAUAGUUCCAUCGAAAACGAAUCCUUUGUGCUGACCUACUCGCAGCGUUUCUCCAAAAUGCCAGAAGAAGGCGGUGGGGGAGCAGCACAAGCGCAGUCAGUGGAAAAGCUGAAUUCCAAGCAGCCUGCAGGAGCAGCAGCUUCAUCUGUCCCAAGUGGUGACCAUCGAACGCUUGAGAAACUGGCCAAGGUGCUAAAAAACAAGAAUAAUCUCAUAUUGGACUUUAAGGAGAAUGAAAAGAUUCCCCGUGAUCUGCCGCAGCUUUCGGAUACGGAGAACACUUCCCCAGCCAUUGUGGCGCGUCGCAAUGCCCAUUCGGCAUUCAUUGAGGAAAGCUAUGACAUUCCACGCUCCCAUCAGCUGCCCUACUAUAAUGUGAACCAGCUGCUAGGCGAGCGCCCGGUGGUGGUCACCAGUCCGCACAAUAGCAAUCCCAUUGCAGCAUCUACACCGAAUCUCAUGGCCGCUACUAGUGCCGCCUUGACAGCUAGCGCAGCGGCUACCAAUCCUGGCCAGAUUCCUGUUGCAUCGCCCACCACCAGUGCGGCUCGAACCCUGCCACGCCCACACUGCUAUACAAAUGCGGCGCCCACAAAGAUGGAGGGCAAUGUAUUUCGUUAUGAUUUCAUGGAGCAAGCAGACUGUCCGCCAGUUAAUCGCAAGCUGAAGCCCAAGGUGGUGGCUGGGACGCCAGCUUUGGAGGAUAAGCCGCCAGAGGAGUUCCCGGCCAAGCCGCCGGUGGGUGUAGAGCAUUUAACCAGCAAGCUAGGAGCCGCCCAUUUGCAGCAACAGCAGCAACAGGGCGUAGUGGGACCACCCAGUGUGGAUCGAAAGUGCAAGCCAAAUGCGUACAAGCUGGGAACUUCGGCUACCAUGUCACCGGCAACGCGUCGAUCCUCUGGAGCCCCGCUCUCCAUGGUGUUGCCACAUGAAACGGAUGUUCAUUCGCCGGCGGCGGCUGCCUAUUUCCAUGAAACACGCACCCUGCCGCGGCAGCAGCAUCGUCAGCAGCAUCAUCAUCAUCAUCCCAAUAGUCCUGGUAGCAUGUCAGUGCAACAUCAGCGCACAGUUUCGGCGGUAGCUGCCAUGUCAAGCUCGGGGGGAGCAUCGGCAAAGCAACAGCAGCCGCCGGCAGAGCACAAGCUGCAGUACUUAGAGCUGGAUGUAACCAACAAGCCGCCGCUGAAUAGUUCCAGCUUGAAUGUUGGUAAUCUGUACACCCAAGGCGGCAAUGCAGCCAGUGGAGCCAUGCGAAUGUCCGUUGUGGAUGCGACCGGUGCCAGGGGUCCAAAGCCCAGCAGUGUUGUUUACAAUUCGGUGGAUUUCCUUAAGACGGAGGCAUUUAAGAGGAUACGGGAGGAGCGCAACAAGGAAAGCACCGAGAGUGGCAAGUGAUUCGCCCUCCUGCCACACAACUUGACAACGUGCAAUAACCAAGGAGACGACCGACCGACCACGUUGCUGCGGAUCCACUAGUAGUGCCUAUACAUACAAAAAUAUAUAUGAAAUAACAGUGCAAAUUCCGAUCGUCGAAUUCACAGACCAUUAUUCACUCUCACACAUAUCUAGUUUGUAAGUCUUUUAUCCUUGAAUCUGUAUUCUUCAUCCUCACCUGAAAAUCUGUGUCGUUCGUCGAUUCAUGUUUAAAUCGUGCUUCCAACACUUCCACAUAUUUAUUGUUAAGCUUUCGGUAUCAAAAUAACGAUGUAACCAUGACAAACAAGCGAUCUUAGUGCUAAUUUUACAAAUGCAAGCAUGCAAGCAAAAUAUUUAUAUAUUGUAUACACGAAUUUUAUAUGGUAACAAAUUAUUUACAAUUCAUAAAUGUAACACAUGUGUGCGACAACGCAAGCUGUAGCUUGAUAUUGUGCUUUAAAGAAAUAUAUAUACAAUAAUAAUA